CCAUGAAUUCCUUUAUUUCCAAGUUUGUCUUUUGAGACAAUUUCACAAACACGGGAUCGGCAAAUCGAAGGCGGCGCUCAAUCUAUAGUAGCUACUGCUAAUCGAGGCGGUGGAGGUGCAAUUAGCUGUGAACUUACGCCGAUACUAUCCUCACUGCUUGCUUUUAACAGCGUUGGAAGAGCAACUCUUUGUCGAUCGCCGCCUCUUCCUUUUCCAUGGCCGACAACGAGACCACCACCACCGCCCCCGCCCCCGCCCCCGCCCCCGCCCCCGCCCCAUCGAAGCCGGAGGUCAAGCGAUCAUGGGGCGACGAAGCGGAAGAAGAAGCCUCCGAAGAACGAGAUGUUCCUUCAACCUCCGCCGACCUCAAAAUCGACUCUUUAGCCAUCGACGACUCCAAGAAGAAGCACGACUUCCUCGACGACCCCGAAGACUCCAACAUCAAAGCCGUCACAGCGGGCGAUACGCUGUAUGCAUCUGCGAAGACGUUCGAGGACUUGAACUUGUCCCCGGACCUGUUGAAGGGACUGUAUGCGGAAAUGAAGUUCGAGAGACCUAGUAAGAUCCAGGCCGUCAGUCUGCCCAUGAUUCUGACUCCGCCCUAUAAGCACCUGAUUGCCCAAGCACACAAUGGUUCCGGGAAGACCACUUGUUUCGUGCUCGGCAUGUUGAGUCGCAUUGAUCCGAAACUCAAUGCUCCUCAGGCGCUCUGUAUCUGUCCCACUCGAGAAUUGGCGAUUCAGAACAUGGAAGUUCUAAAGAAGAUGGGGAAGUUUACCGGAAUUACUUCUGAAUGUGCUGUGCCAAUGGAUAGCUCCAAUUAUAUUCCAAUUCAGAAGCGACCACCCAUGACAGCACAAGUAGUGAUUGGCACACCUGGUACAAUCAAUAAAUGGCUGACAGCAAAAAAAUUGAGCAUGAAUUUUUUGAAGAUUCUGGUUUUUGAUGAAGCUGACCACAUGUUGGCAGAGAGUGGCUUUAAAGAUGAUUCUCUGAGGAUCAUGAAGGGAAUAGUCCGAAGCAGUCCAGACUGCCAGGUGCUUCUCUUUUCUGCCACUUUUGAUGAAUCUGUCAAGGCCUUCGUGUCGAAGAUUGUUAAAGAUCUGUUCAAAGGUGACUACAACCAAAUGUUUGUGAACAGAGAAGAACUGUCCUUGGAGUCUGUAAAGCAGUACAAGGUGAGAUGUCCUGAUGAGCUUGCAAAGAUACUGGUUAUCAAAGACAAGAUUUUUGAAGUAGGACAGAAGUUAGGGCAGACAAUCAUUUUUGUUCGCACAAGAAACAGUGCCGGCAUGCUGCAUAAAGCACUUACCGAUUAUGGCUAUGAGGUAACAACUAUUCAAGGUGCUCUAAAGCAAGAAGACAGGGACAAGAUAGUCAAGGAGUUUAAAGAUGGGUUAACUCAAGUACUCAUAUCAACUGAUGUUCUGGCCCGUGGUUUUGACCAAUCACUGGUUAACUUGGUGGUCAAUUUUGAUCUUCCAGUGAAGCAUAGCAAUCCGUCAGAGCCUGAUUGUGAGGUGUACUUGCAUCGGGUUGGGAGGGCAGGACGCUUUGGACGAAAGGGAGCUGUGUUCAAUUUGCUAUGUGAUGAUAGGGGGGAUGGCAUGAUCAUGGCUAAAAUUGAGAGGCAUUUUAACAUGGAAGUAGCCGAGGUACCCUCCUGGACAAGCAACGAAGACUUUGAGGCUGCUCUUAAGAAAGCUGGUUUGCUUUAAAUGCUUGCUAUGAUGGGCUGAUCUCAUUACAUUUUCAUACAUGAACCUUGAAGAGAAACAACAGAUGAUUUCUUGGCACUUGGAAAUAGACAGCAGAGCAUAAUCUUUUUUCUCCAGUGCCUUUGGCAUCUCAACAAUCUAUUCUAUUUUUGGCCGAAGAUUAUUAUUGGAGGCGCUUUUAAGUUGUUAGGGGUCCUUCAUGUUUUGGAAGUUGAGAUGGGGCUUUCAACGUGGAUGUUGAAUACACGAGUUUCAUGCUGAAUGGUUGUUUGUUCCAAGUUUUUCUUAUAGCUUCCGCGUA